CGCCCGGCGUGUCAACCGCGCGCGUGCUUGCAGCCGAUAUUGGCCGACCACCGACCAACAGGAUAGAACCGCCGCGGCAGAGGGACAGCGGAAAACAUCGCAAACGAAACAAUAAUAUCGCGAUAUUAUUUUGUUCAAUUAUUCGAUAUUCUACCUCGUCGCCGUUCGCUACUUCGGCACGACGAGCGGGAGAAAAAUAAAAACCAUUUAAUAUUUUUCGUCGUCGAUAUCAUAUAAUUCGUCACCACUAAUCGGUUCGCGGCAACAGUGCGGCGCGUUUAAUUUUGUUUUUUUCACGCGUCCCGCAAGUACCCGCACACGGUUUUUUAGUUUGUGCGACGCGCGCGCAUAUACAGUUGUGUUCCUACGCAGAUUGAUUUCGGUCGAUUUAUUUUAUUGAAAACAUUGCUCGUACAGUCGUCGCGAGCCGUCGUCCGAUUUGUUUAUUCGUCAACUUUUUCACCGUUUCGACAUCGUUCGCGACGAUUCUGUCGUGCCCAUCGUAGCGAACGUGCUCGGAACGUUCGCCGCGCCGCGUGAUCCCUAUCGGUGUGGCACCCAGACCUGUGCCGGCGCACGAUGUCUUGAGAGCGCGUUUAGCGACCACGACAGAGGAGAAAUCGUUCACGGUAUCCACAUGGCCGGGGCACUGGAAAUUCUACAAGAAGAUGACUGGCAAGUGUGGCAGGAUACAAUCUCCUGGCUGGGCAACCCAACAGGUCCGCAGGCCUCACCAGUAUAUAUGUGCGGAUCGGGAACCGUCCCCGGGUUGGUCCCGUCAACAGACGGCCACCGGCGAAGUUACUCGAUGGCACCCGACGUCGACAACCAUUCACUUGACGACGCCCAGCACCAUCAACACCAGCCUCCACCCCAGGACCCUGUAGGCUACGGGACCGAGGAAUUUAUAGACCUGGACAUGUUGAUCAACUACGUAGCUGACCAACACAGUGGCUCCAACGACCCCGUACCACCGGACGUCAUGAUGACAACUUACGCCACGGACAAGUCAUACUACAGCAGGUUGACCGAUUACAAUCCUGCCGAUUACAACGGAGUGAUGUACAUAUACUCGCCCGGGCCCGUCAGCGACUGCGGUCAAGUGAUGGAUGGCCAGCAGCAGCAGCAGCAGCAGCAGCAGCAACAGCAGCAGCAACAGCAACAGCAACAGCAACACAACCAUCAACUCCUCCAGCUACAGCAGCAACAACUACAACUACAGCUGCAGCAAAUCCAACAGCAACAGCAACAGAUAUCGCCUCCCGCAAGCCCGCCGGACGACAGCGACGGCGGCGGAAACGCAAUCGUGGAAUCGAAGUUCUUGGUGCGCCAGCUGAUGGCCGCCGCGACGACGACCACAACGACCGCGGCCACGACACCGGGGCCGACGCUCUUGUCGGCCACCAACGCGGCGACGAUCGUCGGUCGUCCGCACAAGCAACCGGCCACCGCGGCGACUGCUGUGGCGACCGCAGCCGCCGUGUCCGCGGCGUACACAGCAGCCAUGAUGACGCCACCGUCGUCGCCGCCCGAAGACGGCGUAAAAAUGCCGGUGGCGGCCACAAAGCCGACCACCGGGCAGCGGUCGUCGAGGCGGGCGGGCGGCGCGGCUGGUGAACGGCGGCCGCAACGCGCCAAAAAGACGUCGGCCAACCACUCGUGCGGUCACCCGGGAUGCGGCAAGACGUACACGAAGAGCUCGCACCUCAAGGCGCACCUCCGCACCCACACGGGCGAAAAACCGUACCAGUGCUAUUGGAACGGGUGCGGUUGGAAGUUCGCCCGGUCCGACGAGCUGACCCGGCACUUCCGCAAGCACACCGGCGACCGGCCGUUCAAGUGCAGGCUGUGCGACCGCGCGUUCUCCCGGUCCGAUCACCUGUCGCUGCACAUGAAACGGCACAACGUCUAGAGGACGUGGGUGGUGUGGGUAAUACACCCCCGUGUGUGCGGAACGACGCGGACAACGUAAAAUCGGAAAACAAAAAACUGCAUCACAGCGAUUGCAAAUAUUAUGGACAAAAAUUAGAAUAAAUAAAAAUAUUUCAGAUCGUGUGUACCACGACUAUCGGCGGUACCAGUGUAUAGUGUAAAUUAUAGUAUAGUGUCGCACGUUUUUAUUUUUUUGUUUUUCCUCGUUAUCGUGCCGUGCAAUAGUAAUGCGCCGUUUCUACAACACAUAUAAAUACCUAUAUAAUAUACACAACGUAUAUAUUAUAUAUUAUAUAUACUUCAAUAGUCGUAACGAUCGUAUUAUAUAAUAAUUAUUAUUAUUAUGUUUUACAUAUUAUUAAAAAAAAUUUUUUCUCGCUUAGCAUUUGUAUUAUACGAUACGAUAGAGUAGGUAGUGUUAUUACUUACGCGUAUAUAUAUAUAUAUAGUAGAUAGUGAUAAUAAUAAUACUAUUAUACCGUCAUAAUGAACUUGUACAUUUUUUUUUUCAUAAUUCUUUUAUUGCUCGGCUUGUCUGUGAGCGGCGGCGGUGCCCACUCGUAAACAGUGUGCUUCAUAAUAAGCACACGCGGUGUGAGUACGAUAUUAAAAAUAUUAUAAUAAUAAUUGUGAAACGUGUUCAAACGUCACAACCGCGAUUAUAUGUAAAUACGAUUCGGACGCGCUUGUGUCGCCGGUCGCAAUGUUACCAUCAUCGCGCGUACGACGACGAAGACGACAAUGAUGAUAAUAAUUAAUAACGGUCUAAAGUCGUGACGUGUUGCGGUCGACGGGUCCGUGCCCCCUCCCCCUCCCCAAAAAAGUCUUCGGGAUUCGAGUACGGGUCGUUGAUGGGCGUCCGGACGUCGCGGAAAAACCUAACUCGUACCGCGCGCGUUCCGUCGUUUCGCCGACGCGUGUCAUUCGCGUUUCCUCCGAACGUCGACGAACCGGCGAAAACGUACACCGAUCGCCGUCAUUUCGUUAAGUGUUUAUCGUCAUCGCGAUUUCGACAGUGACGUUUAGGAGUUCGGAACUAAUGUUGCGGAUUUCCUCGUUCCACCCUUCAACCGACACUCGCGCCGUGAGUCGUGCUUUCCGCGCGCUGAGGCUUUUCAAACAACGUCAAUGUUUUGAUACUGACGUUUUUUUGUAAGCUUUCAUUUUUAUAAUACAAUGAACCCCUAUACGUGUUACGCACCUGUCGACCAUAAAUAUUUACAACGAUGUCUUUAGAAAACUAUUUUUCAAGUCGAAAUACGUUACCCGCGUUAUAAACGAGAAACCCACUCGCGAUAACACGAUAUACGUCUUAAUGUACAUAAUACAAUUCAAAAAUCGUUUAAAUUUCUAAUUUCACUCGCACGUGGUGUUCAUUUUUGACCAAAACCACAACCCCAAACGACGGGGUUAAGUCCUAGCACGUUUUGCAUAUAGCGAGCUAAGUUUUUAAAAAAAAAAAUCGUCGUCGCCGUACGACGGAUGCUCUCUUUAAUCUCUCUUGUAUAUAAUAAUAUAUAAAAUAUCAUCGGAUGAUCUCAUCGCCGGAAUAACGUCGCUUAAAUGUUAUGACAUCGCGUGGCAUUUUAUCGCUUUAACCGUCUGUCGUAUUCAACCUAACCGUUUCGAAUUUCGCGCAGUUGCAUAUUAUCAGUCACAUUUGUAUGAUAUUCAAUCCGACGUCCCCACCUCAUGUCCGUUUACAGCUUUGUACAUUUGUUUAUUAUUUUUCGGCAUCACAAUAUUACGCUAAAUUCGAUUUGAUAUGACUUAGGCCCGAGAUAAACGUCAUUGGUAAGUAUCUGAAUAAAAAAAAAACGAACAUUAAAAUGCAACACACAACAUUUAUAAGUAUUUCAGCAUUUAUUUUUCGAAAAAGUAAAAAUAGUUUAUUCAUUUGUUUUUCCGAAAGAACUAGUUCUAUCUUGUUCUCGGCACAACACUAUAUUCCAUAUGGUACAUAAAUGUAUACUGCUCAGAGAUUUUUUUUUUAUUUUCCAUACAAUAAAAUUAUUCACUUUAACGGUCUGGAAUAUUUGUCGCUAAUGUAUGAAGCCGAUUUAUGUAUCAAACACCGUGCUGCACUUUUCUUAAGAACCCGCCAAAUGUUCGCCGUGUAAAAUAGAAAAAAUAAACUUCCGGCAGCGCUUAAACUACGUUUUCCGACGACUCGGAUUUCGCAAUAAUCUUUCUCACAUUAAACACUGACUGUAACCAAAUUACCUGGAGUCUCAUCCAAUAUAACAAUCACACGAACAAUUUCAGAUCACUUUGACGACUUUUUCUAUUUCGUAUUUCACAAUAAUAUUAUCGAACUUAUCGAACAUAGUAGAGGCGGGCUCAGUGUGUACGGCAUGUAUGUUGGGGAGUGGAGUAUAUCAAAUACUUUGUUAAAUACUUGAUAGAUUGUCGUUAUUUAAGUUUUUAAAGGGGAAGGCCAAAAUGUCGACAAACUUAGUAUAAUAUAUUUUUUAUAUAAACAAAUAGUAGGUUAACAAUGUUACUAAAA